AUGAUCGCUAUUGACCUUAAAUUCGAAGAAUGGCAAUGGCAAUAUCAGAUAUCUACCACGUUCUUUGUAUUUGGAAUUUUGCCAACGUUAUAUUACAUAUAUGCGAAAUAUAUAACAUCUAGGCCAAACAAAUACAAUAAGCUUGAAGAGCCACUAAAAAUAGAGAUUCCUAUACCAGAUGAAGCCAAAGCCCAUUGGAAAGGUAAGAGAUUAUAUCCACCAAAUCUUUCAAUAAGAAUACCAAAUGAACCAAACAAAAUCCAAAGCUACUGCCCAGCAACCAGCCAAUACUUAGGUACAUUCACUGCUACUACGAAGGAAGAAAUGAAUCAGCAAAUUGUUAAGGCUAAAGCAGCACAAAAGGUAUGGGCCAAGUCAACAUUUAGUCUUAGAAGACAGCUUUUAAAGACUCUCAGUAGAUUUAUCAUUGACCACCAAGAAGAUAUUGCUCGGGUUGCAUGUCGUGAUAGUGGAAAGACUAAAUUAGAUGCUCUGAUGGGAGAAAUUAUGGUUACGUUAGAAAAAUUGAAUUGGAUCAUUGCAAAUGGAGAGAAAGCAUUGAGACCGUCCCAGCGCCCAGGUCCAUCUAACUUGUUAAUUGGGUUGAUGAAGAAUGGAGAAGUGAGAUAUGAACCAUUGGGGGUUGUUGCUGCUUUAAUUUCAUGGAAUUACCCGUUCCAUAAUUUAAUGGGACCAGUAAUUGCGUCUCUAUUUACUGGUAAUGCAAUUGUUAUUAAAUGUUCGGAGCAAGUAUUGUGGUCAUCAACUUGGUUUGUAGACUUAGUAAAAACGGUUUUAAAACUGUUAAAUAUAAAUGAAGACUUAAUUCAGUUAUGCUGCUGUUAUCCUGAAGAUGCUGACUAUUUGACAUCCCACCCUGGCUUAUCGCAUAUUACUUUUAUUGGCUCAAAGAAUGUUGCGCAUAAGGUUGUCGAAUCUGCUGCCAAAGAACUUACUCCUUGUGUUGUUGAAUUGGGAGGAAAGGAUUCCUUGAUCGUUUUAGAUGAUGUUGUUGACUUGAAAGCUUUAUCAUCUGUUAUUAUGCGAGGUACCUUCCAAAGCGUUGGCCAAAAUUGUAUUGGCAUUGAAAGAGUGAUUUGUUUACCCAAAGCAUACGAGACUUUAGUUGAAAUAUUGUCAGAAAGAAUUGGGCAUUUGCGUCUCGGGUCAGAUAUAGAUCAACUUGACGAAAUAGAUCUAGGAGCAAUGAUUUCGGAUAACAGAUUCCAACAUUUAGAAGAUUUGAUUUCUGAUGCAGUAAGUAAGGGCGCACGCUUAAUCCAUGGGGGAAAACCUUAUCAGCACCCAAACUAUCCCCAGGGCCAUUAUUUCGAGCCAACAUUAUUGGCUGAUGUUGACAAGUCUAUGAAAAUCUUCCAAGAGGAAGUAUUUGGUCCAAUUUUAACAAUGAUUAAGGCAACUGAUGCUGAUGAAGCAGUUGCCAUAUCAAAUGCAACAGAAUUUGGUCUUGGAAACUCUAUAUUUGGCAAGAACUUCCAUCAAUGUAAUGAGAUUGCUAAUAGCUUGGAGAGUGGUAAUGUUGCGAUUAAUGAUUUUGCUACAUAUUACGUGGCACAAUUGCCAUUCGGAGGUAUCAAGAAAUCAGGGUAUGGUAAGUUUGGAGGCGAAGAAGGUCUUACAGGAUUAUGUGUAGCCAAGUCAAUAGUGAUGGAUAAACCAAUAUUGAGAAUGUUAGGAAUAGCAACCAGUAUCCCACCUGAAAUCGACUAUCCUAUCAACAGCGAUAAGAAGGCGUGGGGAUUUGUCAGUGCAUUAAAUACCGCUGGGUAUGAUAAUAGAUUGUGGGAAAUUAUUAAAGCAUUUAAAAAAUUAGCUAAAGGCGGCGCUUAG